CACACCACGUCUACUCGGUGCCGGGUUCCCCGCGAUAUUUUGUGACUGUCUGUCCGUGCAGUGCUUGUGCUAGCCUGUGCUCCUCGGCUCCCUAGACCCGUCGCGGAAUAGGGAGGUCGAAAUGACCCGGUUGGGAUUGCGAUUCGUCGCAUCCGCAGUGUUCCUGGCCGGGAUAGUUGGUGGGCAAUUUAAUCACACAUCAUGGCCGUACAAUCCUCCGCCUGUUGUUCCACUUGGACGAGGUGAUAUUGGAAAACCAAAUAGUACAGACGACGAUUAUAAUAUUUCACCACGAUGGAGAGCUUUUGUUACGAACAACGAAGAUUCUGAGGAAGAUAGGCGGUACUUAAAUAACCAAGGCCAAGGCUACCAAGGUCAGAAUUACGAUGAUCGGUACAACAGAUAUCCCGAUGGCGAUGAAUAUAAUCAGAGAACUGAUGAUUCCGGCGGAUAUCAAACUAAUUAUGGAGGCUUGGAUCAAGAAUCCUACAACCAGGGUCAAGAUCAAGUCCCGUUGGAUCCUUACAAUCAAGAAGCUGGCGAUCCUUACGGAAGAUCUGGAGGUUACGAAGACUCUUACGGAAGAGGAGAAGCCGGAGGAGAUCAAAGAUCCAGAGAUUCUUCUGGCGAUGGCUACGAUAGAAAUUAUGGAUCCAGAGACGAUUAUGGACGCGGAGAUCCUUACGGACAACGCGGAGAUCCCUACGGACAACGCGGAUAUUCUCCAGGGCAACGUGGAGGAUAUGGCGCGGCCGGAGAUUCGGACAAUUAUCCAAGCAGUUACACGGUUGUGCCAGUUCCAGGAUACAAGCCACAACGAAACUGUACCGGAUCGGCCUGCUGCGUGCCAAAAUGUUUCGCGGAGAAAGGUUCCAGAGGUCCACCAGGUGUAAUGGGGCCACAGGGACCUAAAGGUCAAAAAGGAUUUCCUGGAACAGAAGGUCUUUUGGGACCAAAGGGAGAAAAAGGUGACCCUGGUCCUCAAGGACUACGCGGUCCGAAAGGUGACAGAGGUAAAAUGGGUAUACCUGGAUUCUCCGGAAUAAGUGGUGUUCCUGGUGUACAAGGUCCGCCCGGAGCUCCUGGUCUACCUGGUCGUGAUGGUUGCAAUGGAACAGACGGUGAACCUGGUCAUGCUGGUCGUCCUGGAGAUACAGGUCCUCGUGGUUAUCCAGGUCCUCGAGGGCCCAAGGGAGACAAAGGUCAAUCAGGGUUCGCUGGCAGGUUCCCUGUAGGUCAAAAGGGAGAACCGGGUAUCGACGGUGUCAGAGGACCUCCAGGACAACCAGGAUCACAAGGAGAGCGUGGAUUUCCUGGACCUAAGGGUGAUCGUGGUCCUUAUGGUCCGCCUGGUCUACAAGGACCAAGAGGAGAAAAAGGAAACAUGGGUCUUGCGUUUGAAGGUCCGAAAGGUGACAAAGGUCAGAAGGGAGAGCAAGGACCUCCCGGAUCGCCUGCAGUCGGCGGCUUUCUACAUCCAGGAGAAGAAAUAGCAGGUCCACAGGGAGAUCGUGGUGAAAAAGGAGACAUGGGUGAAAGAGGGUCGGAUGGUCAAAAAGGAGAACAGGGACCAAUUGGUGAUCAUGGUAUUCCUGGUACUGCAGGUAUGAAAGGAGAAAAAGGUCUUCCAGGCGCACCAGGUAUUCGUGGACGGGAUGGUUUCUCUGGACCUCCAGGUCCACCUGGACGCAAAGGUGAUCGAGGUUACGACGGAUUAGACGGCCUUCCAGGUCGUCCUGGACAGAAAGGAGAACCAGGUCGAGAUGGGUCUAUGGGUGUUCCAGGCUUACGAGGACCACCUGGUCCACCUGGAGGUGGGAAAGGUACACCAGGGCCUCCAGGGCCAAAAGGACCUCAAGGUUUUCCAGGACCCACUGGACCUCGCGGUGCCGAUGGAUAUCCCGGAGAUCCAGGUCCAAGAGGUCCUAUUGGGCCACCAGGAGGACCUGGUUUAGCAGGUAUUCCUGGUCCAGAGGGUUUACCAGGAGAAAAAGGAGCAAAAGGAGAACCUGGCAUCACAGGAUUCCCUGGACCAACAGGUCCCCGUGGAUUUGAUGGUCCGCCAGGUUUAGCAGGUUCACGAGGGCUGCCAGGAGAGAAAGGCGCGUCGAUCAUGGGUCCCAAAGGAAUGGAUGGAGCGCCCGGUAUAGAUGGAGAGAAAGGACAAAAAGGAGAACGCGGUUACGCAGGACCGCGUGGAGUUCCUGGCGACGUGGAUGGCAUUCCAGGAGCGCCCGGAGAACCUGGUUUACCAGGAGAACCGGGAACGCCAGGGAAAAACGGCAUUCCAGGAUUUCCAGGUUCACCUGGUGAGAAGGGAGAGAUAGGAGGGCGUUGUAUAGAUUGCAUGCCGGGAUUCCCAGGAAUCAAAGGUGAUCGUGGUUUCGAUGGACAACCUGGACUUCCUGGACCACGAGGUCCGGCUGGAGAACGAGGAUUCCCCGGAGAACCUGGCAGCGACGGAUUACCUGGACCAAUUGGGCCACCAGGGCCUCCGGGAAAAGAUGGAAUUCCUGGUGCAGCAGGUCCACAAGGAGAACCUGGUACUCCAGCAGUGGUUACGGAAAACAUGCUUAAAGUAGAAAAGGGUGAUAAAGGUGUGAGAGGUCCGGUAGGAAGAGAUGGUCCACCUGGUCUUCCUGGUCCGCCUGGAGAAAAAGGUCCGAUGGGAUUUGAAGGUUUCCCAGGACCCAAGGGUAUUGCUGGAGAUCGUGGAUUCCCUGGUCAAGAUGGUAUUCCUGGAAGGCCAUGUGCUCCUGGUCGAAAAGGAGAACCUGGUCUUAGUGUGAAAGGAGAACAUGGAGAACCAGGCCGAAGAGGUGAAACAGGUGCAAAGGGUGAACCUGGUCCAUUAGGAGAUAAAGGAGAACCUGGUCUGUGUCCAAUUCCGGAUGAAUUAAUUAAGGGCAUUAAAGGCGACAGAGGUGCUCCUGGUGAAAAAGGAGAGCCUGGUCCACCCGGAAGGGAUGGGUUAAGCGGUGACAAAGGUUUACAAGGUAUUUCGGGCCCACCUGGACCACCCGGAUCAAUUGGUGCACCUGGGCCAGUUGGACCAAGAGGAUUACCAGGUCCUCGUGGUGACAAGGGUAAUAUAGGACCAAUGGGUUUCCCUGGGGAACCUGGUCGUGAAGGACCCAGAGGGUUCCCAGGCGCUGCAGGGUUGAAAGGAGCAAAAGGUGAAGUUGGUAUCUCGGUCAAGGGUAGUCCUGGAUUGCCAGGACCACCGGGAGAAAAAGGAGAGAAAGGUCUUCCAGGACCACCAGGGAAAGAAGGUCCUGAUGGUCUGCCGGGUCUGCCAGGAUUUUCCGGAGAGAAGGGUGAUGCAGGUAUUCCAGGCAUAGGUGGUUUGCCUGGUGCGCCAGGAGAAAAGGGAGAUACUGGUCCGAUGGGACCUCCAGGCCCGCCUGGUGUUGCUGGAAUUCCUGGUAUAGACGGAAAUAAAGGUGAACCGGGAUUGCCGGGUGAGGCUGGCAAACCAGGACUCCCAGGAUUCCCAGGUAUCAAAGGUGAUCGUGGCGAACCGGGUAUCGAUGGAUCGAAAGGUUACCCAGGAAGACGUGGUCUACCUGGUUUACAAGGUAGACCUGGUAUAGAAGGUGCACCUGGUUUGAAAGGAGAACGAGGUGAAAAAGGUGCCGCUGGUUUCCCUGGAUUACGUGGAAUGGAAGGAAAACCUGGUCGCCCUGGAUUAACUGGACCGAAAGGAGAUUUAGGUCAUCCUGGUCUACCUGGUCUUCCUGGAACUAUUGGAUUCCAAGGACCUAAAGGUGAUCAAGGUUUACCAGGAUUGCCAGGACGCAAAGGAGAACCAGGUCUCGUUUCUGAGAAAGGACAGAAAGGUGAACCAGGAAUGCCAGGUAUCCGUGGUCCUGUUGGUCCUCCUGGUAGAGAUGGUAUUGACGGAGACAAGGGAGAACGUGGAUUGUCGUGUAAUUGUGUAGACGGAUUGCCAGGUCUUAAGGGAGAACCGGGUCUGCCAGGUCGCGAUGGUUUACCAGGACCUAUAGGGCUAAAAGGUGACGCUGGAGUAAGAGGUUUCCAUGGUUCUCAAGGAGAUAUAGGACCAAUGGGUCCACCAGGUGAACCAGGAACACCUGGAAUCGACGGAUUGCCAGGUGAACCAGGUGACAUAGGUCCACCAGGUGCACCUGGUUUCCCUGGUUUGGAUGGUGAUGUGGGAGCUCCAGGACAUCCUGGCCUCAAUGGUGGUAAAGGAGACCGUGGUUUGCCAGGUCUUGUUGGGGAACCUGGUAUCCGUGGUGCGCCUGGAGAAAAAGGUGACCGGGGACAACCUGGACCGACAGUUGCGAUCAAAGGUGAAAAAGGUGAACCAGGUAUGCCAGGAUUACGAGGUGUAGCUGGAGAGAAAGGUGAUCGUGGCGAGGAAGGUCUAGCUGGUUAUGAUGGCGAAAAAGGAGAUAGGGGCACAUCGGGUCCAGUUGGAAACCCAGGUCCACCUGGCCUCCCUGGACCUAAAGGUGAAGAAGGUCCACGUGGACCUACGGGAAUUGCUGGACUAACUAUCAAGGGUGAGAAGGGUUUACCAGGUCUGCCAGGAAAGCACGGACGAGAAGGACUACCAGGACGACCAGGAGAGAAGGGAGAACGAGGAUUACCUGGUUUACCAGGACAUAAAGGAGAUCAGGGACCUUAUGGUCCUGUCGGGCCACAGGGCGAGAAAGGUGAUAUGGGGCUUAUGGGCUCUCCCGGUUUACCAGGUCAAGAUGGAGCUCCAGGUCAUAGAGGACUCCCGGGUCAAAUAGGUCCAAAAGGUGAAAAAGGUGUGAAUUGUAUACCAGAACCAGGUUUGCCAGGACAAAAGGGAGAACCAGGAUACCCAGGACUUCCCGGAACUGAUGGACUCCCUGGUGAAAAAGGUGACAGAGGUUGGCCCGGUCUAGAAGGUCCACCUGGUCUGGAUGGAGAGAAAGGUGAAAGAGGAUUCCCAGGUCCCAUAGGAAAAAUGGGUGCUAUUGGGUUUGCUGGUCAGAAGGGUGACAGGGGUCUCGACUGCCUCGAACCACCGAUGGGACCAAAAGGAGACCGUGGUUACCCUGGACCGACUGGCCCGCCAGGCCCGUCAGGAGAAAAAGGAGCUUCAGGUCAGCCAGGAUUCCCAGGAUUGCAUGGAACGAAAGGUGCACCAGGACUUCAAGGACCACCAGGUCCAGUUGGAUUACCAGGAUUGCAAGGACCUGUUGGUGCUCCUGGUUUGCCAGGUCUUCAAGGACCCGUGGGUCAUCCGGGUGAACCAGGAGAACCAGGACUACCAUGCGAAGCUGCACCUGAUUACCUUACUGGUAUCUUGCUGGUAAAACACAGCCAAACUGACAGGGUGCCUGUUUGCGAUGCAGGACAUAUCCAACUCUGGGAAGGAUACAGUAUGUUGUCUACGGAUGGCAAUGAAAGAUCCCACUCACAAGAUUUAGGUCACGCCGGCUCGUGCGUACGAAAGUUCUCGACGAUGCCGUUCCUCUUCUGCGACACUGGCAACGUUUGUAACUAUGCAAGUCGUAGCGAUCGUUCUUACUGGUUGUCGACCACUAAAGCAAUUCCCAUGAUGCCUAUCGAGGGGACAGCGAUAGAGGAAUACAUCUCCAGAUGCGUGGUUUGCGAGGUUCCAGCGAAUGUGAUAGCCGUACACAGCCAGUCAUUGAAUAUUCCAGAUUGUCCACACGGAUGGACCGGACUUUGGAUCGGAUACAGUUUUGUCAUGCAUACGGGUGCCGGUGCCCAGGGUGGAGGACAAUCCUUGUCCAGUUCCGGAUCCUGUCUCGAAGAUUUCCGUACAACGCCAUUUAUCGAAUGUAACGAAGAACACUGCCAUUAUUACUCGAACGAGAUCAGCUUUUGGAUGACGACGAUAGAGGAUAGGCUUCAGUUCCAAAGGCCUGAGAAACAGACCUUGAAGGCAGGCAACCUCAGGUCCCGAAUAAGUCGCUGCCAAGUGUGUAUAAAGAACACGUAAAUCCAUGUAAACCCGCGUGUUUAUGCUCUCUUUUCUUUAUUCCCCGCGUUUCUUCCUUCUUUCAUCUUUCCUUUUUCUUUACUUUUUCCUUCUUUUUCUUUGUUUCUUCCGUUAAAACGACGCCAAUUACCUUUAUCGCUAACUAUAAAGAAGGUUAUACAUAAGACGGAAUUAGGUCUGGGAGGAAAAGGACCGAAUAAAAAUUUGCGGAAGACGAAAGAAACCGAGAGAGAUUUUUGCUCCUUGUCGUGCUGUCUUUUUGACCUCCGCCGCAAAUGUCUCGUCCUCGUUAUUUUUAAUCUGUCUCCUUUCCCUUCCGUUUUUCUUUUUCUUCCUUUUUCUCCGUAUCUCUUCUUCUUCCUAUACACAGACUCUCGAAAGUAUUAUAUAUCUGGACGCUUGUAGACACCUUUUUAAUAGAUAUAUUAUACGUAUUAUAGGGAACGUUCUGAAAUUUCACUAGUACCAUAAUCGGACUCAACUAUCACGAUUAUAUCGAUAAAGUUUAAAAAUCUGAAAAUAUAUAUAGAGAUUACACGAUAUCUGGUACAAGUAUAUAUUUUGCAAAGAUUAUCGCACCAUCUUCGGCAUUUAUUAUUUGUUUAAGCUAUUCAUACUCUGUAUCAAUCUGUUUACUAAAUAUAUAUUUGCAACAAAUAUUUUGUAACAUGUACGAACAUUUUCCGAUUGCCUUCAAAUUUUAUCAAUACGAUCGUGACGAUAGUAUCUGAUCACAGUGAUAAUGAAAUUUCAAAACGUUUCAUAUAACACGGGUCGUUGUAUUUCACACAAUACGAACGUAAAAGUUUUCUCUGGUAAAUGUUCAAAUACUUUCGUGGACCAGUGUAUUUAUCUUUCUUGUCAUGUUCCUAGUGCUUUCCUCGUUGAUCCUUUCUUUGGUCAAAAAUCUCGUUUUACACUUGUUUUUACUGCCGCCUUUGAAUUUCCCGCGAACUGCUUUCCUUCCCAUCACGAAAUCGUAUAUGCCGUAAGUUUUAUUUCUAUAACUAUUCAAACAAGUGCCUAGCGUACUAUUUUCUAGCAUGUAAAAUAAUAUAUAUAUAUAAAAGUUUAUUAUAAAUAUUAUAUGUAUAUUUAUAUCUCGUAAAUCUUGUAUGAAAAGUAAGUUCAACGUACUACUACGGACACUGCCCAUAUCCAAUAUGGCAUAUUUUACAUAUUGUAUAUUAAUAUAAAUGAACUUAGCCUGGUAAUCGUGUGAAGCCAAAUAUUUAAGUGAAUAGGUAUUUUGCUACUGUAGCUAAUAAAAUUCUAUUUUCAAACUUCA